AGGACAGCAACUCCCACACACAAAGCAUCUCGCUGCUGCUGAUCGCACCACCACGCAACGAUGGACAACCGAGACAACCGGAUCGGAGUAGGGCUGGCUCUUUCGUCCAGUGCCUUCAUUGGGCUGAGCUUCAUCGUGAAGAAGAAGGGCCUCAUUCGUUCCAGAGCAUCGGGCUCCUCAGCCGGGGAUGGAGGUUUUGCGUAUCUGCGAGAGUGGCUGUGGUGGGUUGGCCUCCUCACAAUGGUGGCAGGUGAAGCGGCCAACUUUAUUGCCUACGCGUUUGCACCAGCCAUCUUGGUCACCCCGCUCGGCGCCCUCAGCGUCAUCAUCAGUGCCGUCUUGGCGUCGUGGCUCUUGAAGGAACGGCUGCUCCUCCUCGGAAAGCUCGGCUGUGCAAUGUGCAUCGUCGGGUCCACCGUCAUUGUUCUCAAUGCUCCUGAGGAGAAGGAGGUCUCGUCCGUUUCCGAGAUUACAGACCAGAUGUUUGACAACGCACCAUUUCUUGGCUAUGCCGUGUGUGUCAUCCUGCUCAGCCUGUACCUCAUCUUCAUCGUCGCUCCCAAGCACGGCAAGCGCAACAUCUUCGUCAACAUCACCAUCUGCUCGGUCGUCGGCUCUCUCUCCGUCAUCGGCGUCAAGGGCCUGGGCAUUGCUCUCAAGCUGACGCUGCAAGGAUCGAACCAGCUUGGCAACGCGUCCACGUGGGGAUUUGUCGCCAUGGUGGCCGUCUGCAUCAUGACGCAGAUGAACUACCUCAACAAGGCACUGGAUACGUUCAACACAGCACUUGUCACCCCGAUCUAUUAUGUCCUCUUCACGACGUGCACCAUCCUUGCAUCCGCCCUCCUCUUCCGUGGAUGGACACAGCAAGCGGCCGCUGACGACGACAACUGCCCGGCCGGCAGCUCUGCCCCUGCGCUCAUCACGUGUCUCUGUGGAUUCCUCACCAUCUGCGGUGGCGUGUUCCUCCUCCACAAGAGCAGAGAGGACGCAGCAGAACUCACGCGCACACGGGACGACGACCUGGUUGAGUUGAUCAACCAGCGGGCUGUGUCGGACUCCAUGCAGACCCACGCGCCCUUUGAGCAAGACGAGCACGCCCUGUAGCCGCUUGCACCACCACCUCCACCUUCGUCGCCGAAUCAUUCACACACACACAUACACACGCACGCACACGCACACGCAUAUGUCGUGGCAUGUGCGCAGCCCUUUGCCUCUCUUUUCCAUCUUUACUCCGCCAAACCCCCCUCCUCCUCUUCUUUUUCUCUGUUCAAUCAGGCCAGGUAUCGCUUCUUUGUCCGCUUUGAUGAUGCAGGCUGUGCUCUCGUUUGCUUUCAAUUUCAAUGCAACCACAACAUGUGCCCCUGGUGUACACAUUCACCGCACCUGCUUGUGUGUUCAGGCACAACAGCAGCCAAUAGAAGGACAG